UUUUGCAACUCCAAAUUAACGAACCUGGACGCUUUACUGGAGAAGUACAGACACUAUCGCCUCUUCAAUGUGAAAAAUAUGAAAACGAUAUUUUCAACAGUUUAAGACUUAACACAAUUGCACACGUCACAUAUACGUAACGUGGAAUAUUAGAUUUUGUGAAUGAAAAAUGAACUUUCUAGAACUUUAACACACCACAAGAACAACUCUCUUCCAAUUCAAUUCCAUAUUUUGUUACUUAUCAAUUCUUAGUAAUCAACUUCACUAAUCUAUAAUGGCUGCUACCACUAUUGAUCCAAUUCCUCUUCUCACACCUUACCAGAUGGGAAAAUUCAAUCUUUCUCACAGAGUUGUUUUGGCACCACUCACUAGAAUGAGAUCGUACAACAAUGUUCCUCAACCCAUUGCUAUCAAUUAUUACGCUCAGAGAGCAUCUCAAGGUGGUCUUCUCAUUGCUGAAGCUACUGGUGUGUCUGAUACUGCUCAAGGCUAUCCACGCACGCCAGGUGUUUGGACAAAAGAGCAGGUGGAAGCAUGGAAACCAAUUGUAGAUGCUGUUCAUGCUAAAGGCAGUGUCUUUUUCUUACAGAUUUGGCAUGUUGGAAGGGUUUCAAAUUCAACUUAUCAACCUAAUGGACAAGCGCCAAUAUCUUCUACUGACAAGUCACUCACAAGCAAUGAUGUCAAACAAUUCACGGCCCCGAGACGACUGAGGACAGAUGAAAUUCCUCAUAUUGUCAAUGACUUCAGACUUGCUGCAAGAAAUGCUAUUGAAGCUGGAUUUGAUGGUGUUGAAAUCCAUGGGGCUCAUGGCUACCUACUUGAACAAUUCAUGAAAGAUAAAGUGAAUGACAGAACAGAUGAAUAUGGUGGAUCCCUUGAGAAUCGUUGUCGAUUUGCCUUGGAAGUUGUUGAAGCUGUUGUGAAUGAGAUAGGAGCGGAAAAAGUUGGAAUUAGAUUAUCACCUUUUGCAGAAUAUGCAGAAAGCACAGACUCUGACCCUAAUGCAUUGGGACUUUAUAUGGUUAAUGCCCUCAAUAAAUAUAAUAUUCUCUACUGUCACAUGGUGGAACCAAGAAUAAAAUCUGCCAUUGAAACGGUUGAAAGCCCUUAUAGCUUGGUGCCAAUGAGAAAGGCUUUCAAUGGCACUUUCAUGGUUGCAGGAGGUUAUGACAGACAAGACGGAAUCAAUGCUAUUGCUGAAAACAGGGCAGAUCUUGUUGUUUAUGGUCGAUUGUUUUUAGCAAAUCCAGAUUUGCCAAAGAGAUUUGCACUUGAUGCUCCUCUAAACAAAUACAACAGGGAAACAUUCUACAUUCCUGAUCCAGUUGUUGGUUAUACUGACUACCCUUUUCUUGAAUGAUGAAACACAUGCUGCAGAAUCCAAUGAUGGAACUUUUAUACUAAAUAAGAUUUUUUCCUGUUGCACAUUGAUUUUUAUUGAAGUUGGGCACUUAAAUAAGAAACUUGUUACUUCUAGGAGUUUUUUUUUAUUGAUUUUUCUGAUA